UUCCCAAUAGAAAAUGAAAAAAAACUUAACGAAUAAAAUACAGUUCAUUAUUGAAGUGUCUAAUGGAUUUUGUGCUGGUCUGUUCUGUACAGACAAUUGCAGAGCAGAAAAAGCUUUUCUUGGACGAAAUGUUUACAAAAAAUUAUAUGUAUACAUAGAUAUUUAUAUAUAAUGUGAGUAGUGUAGAAAAAACGCAGUGGCGCCUGCGAUAAAUACCUAAGGCCAGACAGAAAAAACGAGCGACGGUAAGGGGCGGGGUGUACGGGAGGAGGGCGAAGGUAGUACAUCGGUACAGGGAGGGGAUUGUUACUGUGUGUUGCACUGCUGCGACUCCGUAGUGUUGGGUAGUGCCGUGCACGCGAGUGUUGUAUGAGCUUAGUCGCCAGGGAUUGACACAGUACGAGGAAUAUUUCGGCCUCAAAUAAAUAACCAAUAACUAUUGCAGUCUCAAGUGUCAGCCAGUUUUAAUCAUAGUAAGGCUGAUCGAAGGCGGUGUGCGAUGUGAGAUUAAAUCCAAUUCCAAUAAGAAAUAGGACUGGGAGACAUGAAAUUUAAUUUUCAGAUUAGAACUUGGGUCGGAUGUUUAAAAAUACGCCUACUUAUUCGUCUAUUGUAACAAUAGAUGGCAGAUGUUCAUUCAACAGUAACAGUAACGUAGCACUCGAUCGUCCGACACUCUCAUGGAUUUUGGUUGACGAACGAAUACAAAUCAAUACAACAACUAUUUUGGAAAUUAAAUUGGACGCAAAGCAAGAAUUUUAAUAUCGUGAAACAGAGUUAUGUCACAGAUUGGGUGAUUAUUUGUUUUUAAUUUUGAAAAAUUGGUAAUAUAUUGAAUUACUAAUCUGGACGUAAAGUGAAAAAACGAAUUACUCAUUGUGGAAUUUAUGAUUAAACUGACAAUUUUCCCUGAGAGAGAAAAAGAAAAUAAAUUUUUGGAAGACAAGUGAUCUCGUGCAAUGCCGAGAUGCUGCAAUGAUAAUAAAGCAGUGAGCCCGGUGAGCAGCAAUAAAAAACACACGGAAGAUAUUGUGCUCACGCCCAGUCGUUUUCCCAUUGGUAAUUCCCUGGAAUUUGAUAUUAAUAAUCGUCCACUGGUGGAAAAAUCACAUAGGAGAUUACGCUGUGAUCUCAGUCCAGUUCCAACUAAUUCAAACGGAAGUCUCAGCAUCAAGUUUCUCGGUUUGAAGGCUGAUAAAGGUCACCGCCAAGAUCACCAGGUGAGCUCAGGUGGUGGAAGUUACAGAGGACGAGAAAAAGAGGCAAAGAAACGUGCAGCUAUAGGCAACGCAGUGCGAGGACUCUUUCCCUCUGGCCACUCCAGACAGGACAGGUAUGAAACAACGAAACAACGUACGUCAGGGGGAACGGGGGGUGUGGGUCUUUCCGGUUUGUGUCCAAAACUUUUGGCCAGUGGUAACGUCAGUAACGAUACCGAUCCCCAGACCGGCAUUACCCUGGAAGUGGGCCACAUAGCCAAUGAUGAGCCCACAAAUAGUUGCAGUGUCGUCACCACCCAGCGUAACCACCGUCGCCAACGCAAACUAGGCAUAAUAAAUCCUUCAGGGAGUGGUGGAAGUAGUGCUCGUAGGAAUUCAAACACAAAUCGUAACUCAAAUAAAAAGCAAAUACGGAAAGAGACUGUAGAAUCCACUGUAAUUACAAACGGAUUAACAUCAUCAAAGAAACUUCCUCAGGUGAUAAGCCAAGAUCAGACAAGUGAUACCGGUUGUAGUGAUGUCGAGGAGGUUUCAUCAGCUAGUGAAGCAAUGUCUAGAAUACCCAGUUUCAGUUCAAGUCCUUCCACUCUAAUUGGUCCAGUAAAAUCUAGAAAAAUAAGUAAUGAAGAAGAGACUGCAGAUAGAGUACCCCCCACGGAUUCUGAAACACCAUUAACUGACGAUAAUCUCCCAAGAAAAUCAAACUAUUCACAAGAACGACACUCAGACGCUUCUGAAAGCUCUAAAACCUCGACUCCAGUGCGGAAAAUCUCCUUUAAAACACUCGAUGGCGAGAGUAAACGCUCCAAAACCCCUUCGAGCCAUUAUCGGUCAAUGGAUAUCGAUAAAUCGUCAUCAUCCAUCACAAAACAAGAAACAAAAAUUAAGAAUGAGACUAAAGAAAGACGAAAAACCUCCGUAGACACAACGUCACAAAUUCCAAAGCGAAAGAUUUCAAGCGAAGCACCAGAAAUUGACUUCAGUAAAAAAUCUUUACCAUCAUCUUCGAGAGAUGAAGAUCAACACAAUGAUGGAAGUGAAAAAUUCAAAUUAUCAACAAUGAAGAACAUGAGAUUCAUGAUGGCUGAUGUAACGGGUGAAUCAAUAAUGACGGAAAAAGAUCAAGAGACGAGAGACGUAUCCUCUUCUGACGUUUCGUCGAUUGAAGUCGAAGAAACAGUGACAAUAUAUGAAGAUGACAAUGGUACGAGUAUAAGUGAUAUUGUAGCAGCUCAAGCACUUCGAGAAUCCUUGAGUAAACUUGGUAAAGUUCCUUCACUCGACGCAGAGCCAGAAUUAGAAGCUGAACUGUCCCAAGUAUCGAAAACGAUCGAUUCGACGGUGAAUACGAGAGAAAUAGAAUCGGAAAUGAUUCGCAAUGAUCAGAAGGAUACAUCUGGCCAAGAAGAGACGAUCGAGGGAUUUAUAGGCCCAUUAUUGGACGAGAAUUUCAAGGCUGAUGCCACUAAAUUAACUCAAGAAACGAUGACAAUGGAGGAUGUGAGAAAUUUAAUGAUGAAAGUUAAGGUUCAGACUGUUGAAGACGACGGUGACGACGAGAAAGCCAUUGGUAUUUCCCCUGACGAGAGAUUCUUAAAAUUCGAAGAGGAAAUCGGUCGAGGAAGUUUCAAAACUGUUUAUCGAGGUCUGGAUACGCAGACUGGGGUUGCAGUAGCCUGGUGCGAACUCCAAGAGAAAAAACUAAAUAAAACGGAACGAUUGAGGUUUCGUGAAGAGGCAGAGAUGUUGAAGGGGUUGCAACAUCCCAAUAUUGUACGCUUCUAUGACUACUGGGAGGUCACUCUAACUCGGAGAAAGUAUAUUGUACUCGUAACCGAGUUAAUGACAUCCGGAACGCUCAAGACAUACCUGAGGCGUUUCAAAAAAUUGAGUCCUAAAGUUGUCAAGUCUUGGUGCAGACAAAUAUUAAAGGGUCUCGCAUUUUUGCACUCUAGGUCACCUCCAAUAAUUCAUCGAGACCUCAAAUGUGAUAAUAUCUUUAUUACAGGACCAACUGGCCAUGUUAAAAUCGGUGAUUUAGGUCUAGCUACAUUGAAAAACCGAAGUUUUGCGAAGAGUGUGAUCGGAACACCUGAGUUUAUGGCACCAGAGAUGUAUGAGGAGCACUACGAUGAGUCAGUGGACGUUUAUGCCUUCGGGAUGUGCAUGUUGGAGAUGGCGACGAGUGAGUAUCCCUACUCCGAGUGCACUGGACCAGCACAAAUCUACAAACGAGUUGUUUCCGGUGUUAAACCCUUAUCUUACGACAAAGUGGAGAACCCCGAGGUGCGUGAGAUAAUUGAGAUGUGCAUAAGGCUAAAAAAAGAAGAAAGACCACUGGUUAAGGAUCUAUUAAACCACGAAUUCUUCGCUGAGGACGUGGGACUGAAACUAGAAAUGGUAUCCCGCGAUACUGCGGUUGCUGAUACCGAAUUAUCGCGUGUUGAAUUUAGAUUACGUGUUUUAGAUCCAAAGAAACGUAGUAAUAAGCAUAAAGAGAAUGAAGCUAUUCAAUUUGAAUUUGAUAUUCAGUCGGAUAAUGCUGAAGAGGUUGCACUUGAAAUGGCCAAAUCGAGUUUGAUACUUGAAGAGGAUGCUAAGGCAGUAACAAAAAUGUUGAAAUCACAAAUCGCUGCUUUAUUUCGGGAUCGGGAAGAACGGAAAACCAAGGAAGAAAAAGAGCGACUUGAUAGAGAAGCUGUAGUGGAGAAUCCGUCGAAUUUACUACAACAGGUGCAGAUUCAACCCCAACAGCAGAUUCAGCAACAAAAUCAACCACAGCAGCAGCAACAGCAACAGUCUUCACAGUCACAAUUACAAUCACAAUUGCAACCACAGCUGCAGGUACAGCAACAAACACAACAACAACAACAACAGCAACAGCAACAACUACAACAACAACAAUUGAGUAUGCAGAUGCAAGGACAUAUUCAAAUGCAACCUUCUCAGAUCCAAUCGCAGAUGCAACCUCAGAUGCCCCAACAAUCACAGCAAAUUCCUCCAAACACUCAGCAGAACAUGCAACAAAAUAUGCAGCCACAACAAGUACAGAUGGUUCAACAACAAGCGAUGAUGACUCAACAGACGACUGCCGUUGUGCAGCCCCAACAAGCUCAGCAAAUGGCUCAAGUCGCUCAGGGAAGUCAGCCUCAAGUGUAUCAGCAAAUCCAAUAUCCGACGCAGAGCCAGCAACAGCCUCAAUACACUCAGCAGAUUGCCCAGGCAUUGAGUGCUAAUUCUUCACAAUGUUCCACACCACAGUCUAUUCAGGGGCCUCCUCAGUUCCCACAGUUGAUCCAAACUGGCGUUCAACAACAAGCGCAUGUUCAGCAGCAGCCACUCAUUAAUCAGGCUCAGGGGCAAUUGCAGCAGUCCCAGCAGUAUAUGCAAAUCAAUCAGAUGGCUGUGCAACAGCAGGGCCAAGUGCAGUCUCAGAUGCAGCUGAAUCAGCCUCAGCAACAAGUUCAGCAGGUCCUUCAACAGGGUCAACCCCACAUGCAGUACGCACAGGGACAGAUGCAACAACAACAAAUAUCACAUCAAAUGCUCCCGAACCAAAUGAGUUCAGCACCAAUCCAGGUCCAACAGCAGUACUAUCAACAUGGAGCUACUAUCUACCAACAGAACAUCCAGCAACAAGUAUACCACUAUCCCAAUAACUCUAAUGCUCCAACUCAUUGUAAUUCCAAUCAAUCAACGUCGCAGACCUACGUGCAGGUAUCGAAUACCCCUGUGCACGUAACGGCAUCCCAAGGAUUCGUUCAAACGAGUCAGCCUCAAUCCCUUGGGACUGCCAGUGUUCAGAACAUACAAGCGGCUGGACAGUUGUCGAAUAAUGUGCAGAAUCAAAAUGUAAUCUCCAGUGGGCAGGCACAAGUGAUGAUGCAAAUGCAGUAUACACAGACGAAUCAGAUUCAGGCUACUAGCACUAAUGUUAUUCCUACACAGCAGAGUAUUCAACCGCAACAGGCUCAAAUACAGUCACAAAUGCAGGCUCAGGUUCAGACACAGACUCAGGUCCAGGUUGCAGUUCAGCCACAGGUUCAGCCUCAAAUACAGCCACAAAUUCACCCUCAGGAAGUCAUCACCAUGACUCCUCAAAAUUCAUUGACCAAACAAGACACAAUGGAGUCUGUCACUUCUCUUACAUCUGAUGGACCUCAAAGUCUACAACAAGAGCAAUCAGGUACUUCUGCAUCGUUUGAUAAUCAGCCUGAAAGCUCUGAUAACGUUGCUGCACCAGAAAGAAGCAGAGUCAAACGAUCUGGCACAAAAAGGAAGAAACCUGGAAUUAAAUUGACGGUUUUAUCCGUGAGCAAUUCUGAGGGACAAUCCAUGACUGUUGAGUGUCAGUUGGACACUAGUAAACAGAAAACAGUUACGUUCAAGUUUGAUAGAGAUGACAUGGUGCCGCUGGAUAUUGCUAAUAAUCUGAUUGCUGAGAAUCUCCUGCCUCAGACCCAAUGUGAAACUUUUGUCGAGUUGAUUGAGGAUAUCGUGAAGCAGCUUAGGUUGGACCCUACUCGGAGUUUGCCACUGGUAGCCCACGGACCUCCUGAUCAAUCUGCUGGAGGCAGUCCAGUGACGAGCAGAAGACCUAGGGAUCGAGAUCAUAGUCUCGAUGCAUCUAAGCAGGUCAGACAUGGUUCACUGACUCGUCAGAGCAGCCAUCGAUCUUCCUACAAAGCUCAUCGUAGGCAUCGAUCGAGAGACGAAACCUCGAACUCAUCAGCCUCUUCAAAGAUCCUUCCAAUUGAUCAAAUAAUGUCUCAAAUAGCAUUGGCGCAAGUGGAUAAACCCCCACAAAACGUUUCCUCAUCUGAAGGUCCAAAUACGACUGAGAACAGCACUUCUGAAGAAAUUUCACGACGUUCAUCUACAUCGACCCAAAAUACAGAUACAUUGACCCCAGUGAACGUCCUCAGUGAUUCCAACGAGAAUUACGAGAGUGUAGGGUCUGAAGAGACCCUUCUGGAAGCCAACAAUAGCUCUUUAGACGACACCGGAGAAUUUACCCCAAAAUCCAUGCCCCUAGGAACUAUGGAAACUUUCCCACCAGCUCAGAAAUCCGGGGAAGAACUCUCUCGAGAGGUGAACCAACCAAUGACAGCCCUAGCACUUCCUGGGGACCCUCAAGAUCUUUCGUCACAGGCUGGUGAAGAGCUCCAACUAACAUCAGAAUUGAAACCGAAAAUUCUUCCAAUGCGAAAGAUUUCGAGAUUUCUGGUGAGUCCAGUAGCUGAGCAGAAGACUAUCUCUGGGGAUUCAGAGAGCGUGAUUGUUCACGAAAACACCUUAGCACCACCACAACCAUUAUUACUUCCUUCUGUUGAUCCAUUGCCCAGUCAGCAUAUUCAGAAACAAGAAGUAGAGACAAAGACUCUAGAAAUACGAACUGGGGUUGCUGAUUUCAUUCACCAAGAUUCUGUAAAUAAUCAACAACUUGCACAGACGCAACAAAUACAGCAACAACAGCAGCAGAUAAAUCAAUUACCAACAAAUACUGCAGUUAUAACCCAAACAAAACAGGAAACAGUUAUGGUGGUUCAAACAACUAAUUUAUCACAACCCUCUCAGUUAAUUCAAAAUGUCCAGAAUGUUCAGAAUGUUCAGUACCACCAGAAUACGGGAAUGGUUCAGCAAAAUACCGCAAUUGUUCAUCAAACGGGAAUUCAAACAAAUGAGAAUGUCUCUCAAAUACAGAACGUUGCUAAUCAACAAUACCACGCAGAAAUUACCCAUACAAUUCAACAACAAAUAAUUCAACCAGAUCAAGGUAUCCAACAAAAUCAGAUGCAUCAGAUGAACCAAAUGAUGGACAUUAAUCAGAUGCAAAUGCAACAUCAAAUGUCUCAAAACGUCCCGCAACAAUUGAGUCAUGAUCAAAAUCGGAUGAAUCAACAACAUCAUCAAAUACAGCAGCAUUUUGUCCAGACCAUACCACAACAGAUGCAAUCAUCACAGCAGGCUCAACCCAUUCAGCAGCAGUAUGUUAUCCUCUCAGGCACCAUGGCCCCAAUUCAGGGUAAUAACGUGGAAGAUUGGAACAGGAGGACUUCUAACAUAUCCACAGAUUCCCAAGGAAAUAUGGAUAUCAGUUCUAUUCCGAAUCUUCCAACAUCUCACCCUCCAACUGAUCUAUCAGCUCCAGUGUCUCACGAACAUCAUUACCAGAAUUUUCAUCAGAAUUUCUCUCAGACUAUGCAGGCUCCAGUACAGGAUCCACCUAAAGUCAAAGCUAAAGAGGUAUCUUCAACUCUUCCGGACCUUGCUCAGAACCUUGCAAAUAUUUUGUCAAAUCCAAAGACAAAAUCAACUACUCCUCAUAAUGCUACUCCUCACGAUCAACCGGGUGUUGCUAAUCAACCAACGACCUUGCCUACUCUACAUUCAGAGCAGUAUUUUCAACCGAUUCAACCUGAAACUUCUCAACAAAUUCAUACACACAUUCAGCAACAAAAUUUUCAAAUUCAACAUCAGAAUUUUCAAACAAUUAAUCAUCCUCAAGUGCAGACACAUGGAAUUCAACUGCCGGGGCAUCCUCAGCAGAGUGAUAUUAGUAAUCAGCAACAAUCGCAACUGCAGCACCAAUCGCAAACGUUACUGCAACCUGCAAUCCAACAACAGCAACAACAACAACAGCAAUCAUUCUCCCAGGAAACCCAACAGGUUCAGGGUCAAAUGGAAUUGAAUUUAUUAAACCAAAAUAUGAUGAUGCAGGGUCAGCGGGUUGUGCCGAACUAUCCAGCGAAUCAAAACAUUCAGCAUGUAAUUCAGCCAGUUCCAGUACAAUACGUAAAACCGAUUCAAAGCGUAAUCCAACCCAUUCAGCAACUCCCACCGCAAUUGUCCCAGGAGCAACAAGAUUUCCAGACGGAACAGCUCCAGCAGAACCUGCAAUUAAGACUCCCAGAGCAGCAUAAAACCGAGACAGACUCUGCAAUCGAUGUCAGCACAAUCAGCAGGGGAACAAGUUCUGAUUGUCAAAUGAUGUAUGAGACAGAUACGACUAUUUCAAGUCGAGAUAUCACACCUGAACACACGAUAAUUGAGUCCUCAGAUUCAAUUCAUCACUCAUUGCCUCAGUCAAUUGUCCAGAACCAUUAUAAAUUAAGUCAACAGAAUUCAUUGGAGAAACCGAUGGAAAUAUCAAGCCCUGGGCCACAGACCAUAGCAGAUCUCCAGCAAAAACUGUCACAAUUAACGAGUCAACCUUCGGAGUCACUUAACGUUGGAACUCCACCAAUAAGUCAUCCAGUGACGCCUCAUGGACCUCCCGGAACUUCUGGAUACGAGACGAACCUGCAACUAGUCCAUAAUAAAACAAUUUCUAAUGUCACAGCAGUUAAUCCUCAAGUUCAACCAUUGAGUCCAUUAUCUCCUCAAGCAACCCUUCAGUCGGGGCAGAUUUAUAUAGAACCAAAUACUGUCACUAUCACCCCUAAUAUUUCUAACUCAAAUAUUGUUUGGGGUGAAGAUCAAGGUUCUCAGGCUGUCACCAACAUCACUGAUGGAGUGGCUCUGGACAGUCCAGUACCAUCAGGAUCGACAGGAGAGACCAUGUCCAGUCCCAGUAAGGAGAACGUCAAGAACGUCAGAGCUCCAAGACCCAGUUCUAGGCUGCAGGAAUUGGAACAAGAGCUUGCUAAGAUCCAUCAUAAAUGCACAGGACUUCCUACGUCUUCUCCACAGCCCCUGACCCCUCCAAUGACUGGUGUACAAGGGAUUUCUUCUGGAAGUGGUCAGGUACCCCUUCAAUCAUUAGCCCAACCUCUUCUCACUCCGGUGAUCCCAAUAUCCGCAAUUCCUGUCGGCACAGUGGCCCCCUGCGUUGUUUCUAGUAACUCUGGGUCCAACACCCCAGUGCAUCUGGAAUUACAAGGGGAUCCUGCGGGGCAGAGUCAGCCUGUGAGGAAGGUUUCUAGAUUUAUGGUGUCUAAAGUAUCUGGACCACCCCCUGGAGAAGGAUCAGCUGGUAUUGAAGGGCAGAUGGUUGAUAUACAGAAGCAAUCGGUAGCGCAGGAAACUCUGGGACAUCAUUAUGUCGAUGAGUUUCAGCAGCAGGUACCUGCAGUAGUCCUGCAAAGCCGAGAAGGUUCCAUGCCCCCAGGACCAUCGAUUCAGCUGGGAUUAUCCAUUGAAUUGGAAAAAGACGAGAGGAAACAAUUUACUCCCAGUGAUGAAUAUCAAUUAUUGAUUAAGAGGCAGACUGUAGAGCUGGAGUGUUUACAAAGGAGACACAGGGAGGAAUUGGAACGGUUCCAGCAGCAUCAGCUACAACUACUAAUCCAACAGCAGCAACAAGCCAGUGCCAUUGCUCAUCAUCAGCAUCAUCCCCUCCUCUAUCACACAGUGGCCACUACCGUUCCCUCUAGACCUCAUGGAAUGGAGGAUUACCUCAUGUUCAGCACAGCUCCACAAGCCUCAUUCCGUCGAAUUUCUGGGUACGUUCCAGAUACUGAAGAAACUCUUCGGUUAGCAACGCAGAAGCUCAAGCAAGCCAGCCAGCCGGCCUCCAGCAUAUCCCAUGCUUAUGUUAUUCCUAUUCCUGUGAUGCCUGAAAGUUCUCACAAGUCCUUUGCUAUUCAGGAAAGUGAGAGCAUCGGGAGCACUAAUGGUCCAACCAUCACUCAUCCUGGAUACCAGUUCACUUCCAUACUCCCUGAUGGUGCCAGUGUCGCUUCGGGGAUUGGCUCGAUUGUUCAGGCAACUCCCGUAUCCAGUUCUGCAGGCUCUUCUGGGGUUAGCGGUGCUACUGGUGGUCCUGGUUAUGUACAUUAUCAUGAUUCACAUUCUGCUAAUUUCCAAACUUUUAGUUAUACUCCUCAUGGGGGGUUUUUCCUGCCUCCAGGGUAUAGACUAGUUUAUGCCCCUCCUGAGACUUCGCAGUCACAGCCGGAAACUCCGGCUACGCCGCAUCCGGGUUGUUCUCAUGAUGGAACACCACCUGGAGAGCCUCAGGGAUAUGAGAAUGUACAGGGAAAUAAUAGUGAACAGUAAAAAUAUAUAAAAGAAUGGGAUUUAAUGGAAGAUAGAGAAUUUUUUUUAUGUUCAAAACCUGAUGAAGAAAGUAAAUAAUACGGUACAUCUUUCCAUUCACUUCAAUCUCAUUAGAGUCAACUGAUUCUGUUCUGCUGUGAUCCAAUAAAACAGAAUUAAUAGCUUUGUUAUUUGCACUUUUAUCACGGGAUUAAUUGAUUUUAGGCGAAAAAGUCAAAAGAACUGUUUUUUUUGUUGACGAAAUUUUCACGUAAAAAUGCCUCUUAUCCUUUUUGUCUAGAACCAUUUAUUAACCAGAAAACUUCAUUCCUAAGAUGGAAAAAUGACUCCUUACACGAAAUAUUUUAUGGAAUUAUGUUCGAUUGUUUGAUUAAAUUCACUCCGAAAUACAGUGAAUCCUGGUAAAAUUUGGAUGUUUUAUAUUUCCGGAGUUACUGAAUUAUUCGCAAUUCAAAUUUUUAUCAAUAAUAAAUCGAAAAUUUCUCUAAAUGUUUCAUCCUUCGUUAACAACAGUUCUUCUCAAACGUGCCACUGUUAAAAAAAAAUACGGGAGAAGAAAUAGUGAAAUGGAUUAAUUUGUCAGAUGGGGAAGUUGCAGAGAGAAUAAAUAAAGUAGAGAGAGAAACAUAGAUUUUAAUUAUAUAAAAAAAUUAGCUCGAAACGUUCGCACGUGAUAUAUAUAUUUGUAAUUGAAUUGUGUGAAAUGAUUAAAUGUUGGCUUUAAUGUCAGAGAAAAAAACGAAUGACGAGCAUUUUCCAAUUGUAAACGAUUGAUCAGUGAAUUUGUCUAUUUAUUCUUUCUCGAGAAAAUUGAUGGAUAGGUUUUUUUUUCGUUUUCAAUUGAAUGAAGGAAUGAUCCAUGAUUUGUGCAGGCCUCAACUAGUCCUUACGAUCGAAAUGGCUAAUGAAUAAUUUGCCAUUAUCCUCGGAGAAAAAAAAUGUAAAUGUAAAAGUUUUUAAAAAUGAAAUAACGAAUGCUUGAUAGAUUUUAUUUAUCUUGAGAGCUAAUUAAACGUGUGCAAGUGAUGAUAAUGUUUUUUUUUAAAGAGUGCGAGAUGAAAGAGUGAGUGAGGAGGAUUAAAUAUAGUCACUGUUAUGCUUUAAUGUAUUUUCUAGCAAUUUUAAAAACUAUCUUCAAUUAAAGAAAAUGAUGUGUUACUA